GCCUGUCAUGAUACAGAGGAGUUGGUUAUUGAUGGAAAAUAUUUGGAACUGAUAGACAAGUCAUCUUCAAAAAGUUUGAGCGACCGUAAAGUCAUUCCUGGAUUAUCUCUUGAGGUGAAAUCCACCCAGCUGGGAACAACUAAGCCAGAUGCCUUACUUUUCACGAUAUCCGUGACGAUUGAUAAAAAUGUCAAAGUUCCCCAUAUUACACUGACUGUGGAUAAAGAAAUAAUUCAAAGACAAGCGAAAAAGGAUCUUCUGCGACGACGACAACUGACACCACACAGAAUGGACGUGCGACGCUAUCCAAUUCACUUUUCGCCACGACCACCGAUGGGACGUGUUAAGCAUGACAAGAAGGAUUCUGUCGAACGGCGGCUGCGUUGUAGUGACUCUGUUAUCGUGGUUCCAACUGAAUCGGGCUCUAUCAGAAUUCCUUCUUGCAUGCCUAAAAUCAGCACAGUCGUGAAAAUCCGCGUAGCCCCUACCCAUUCAGUUUUGGUCAUCGAAUUGGAUGAGCGUGCCAUUCCAGAAUCUGUUCACGUCUACUGUGACCUCAAGCAGGAGAUUGUGCGUUUGGUGUAUGACCGAGCCUUUGUGGUCAACAAACUGAAUUCUUUUUAUCAGCAAAUAGUGAGCAAUGGACAUCCAUGGUGGGAAGACGAGCAAUCACAGCAGUACGAACUGACGACCCAUGUCGAACAUCCUUUCAAAUUCUCCACCCGGGAUUAUGUACUAUCAAUGGCACGUGUUAAACAAAACGAACGAACUGUGUUGAUUACCGUCCCACUUAAUGAUUCUAACAUAAACAUUAAUGUUGAUUAACCCAAU